GCACCAUUCUAGUUUCUAUGAGGUCUCAGUGUACAAGGAAGUAACUGUUAAUAAUCAACACUCGCUGCAAGAUUGAGAGAGUGAGAGAGAGCUGUGCUGCUGUAAAGCAGGUGUGCUUCAUGAAUAAACUAUAGUGUGUAACCCUCUGGGUACUGAUGAAACAAAUAGAAGUUUCACAGCCAUGGAUAAUACAAGAACUCAAGACACUAUUCCACAGCUAAGCCAAGAAAAAAUCCUGAAAAUUAUGAACAUGGUGAAAAAUAAAGAACUGAGCAUCGAAGGAGCUUUGGAUUUGGCACAGAAAGAGACGCAUGCAGAAAAGGAAGCAAUGAAUUUGGUAUUCCCGAUGGAUUCGCAGGAUUUGCUGACUGGUUCACAGUUCAACUUCAGUGUCUACAAAUACAAACGAUAUAGGUGGCAGAAACGAAUUUUGCAGAUUGAUUUUAACACAGAGACCAUUUUUAACAUUGAGAAAGGGAUCAUCAAGAAACAGUUCCCAUUUCCACAAGUUAAAUCCUGUGAAGACGGUGAAGGGAGGCGCUUCAGCAUCGCAUUUCACGGGCAUCCGCAUUAUGAGCUGGAAGCAAUGUCUCUUGAAGAUAAAAGAAAAAUAUCACACCUGGUGAACAAAGUUACCCAGAGUAAUUCAUACAGGAGACCUGUAGAGUUCUGCUCUGGAAGACCUGCCAAAUGUGAUGUGAUACAUGAAGGACUACUGGAUUUGCAGGAAGACAGUUAUGCAUCCAUUAAAUGGGUGAAAUAUUUGGUGCAGCUAAGUGAAACAGAACUGAGUUUAUCUUGCAUCGGCAACAAUGGAGAGAACAAGAAUGCAGACCCUGUAGCAAAGACAAUUAAUUUGUCAGGUGGAAAUGUGAGUGUCAUUAAAGAGAAUGGAUAUGAUACUUUCUCCAUCCAGACCAAGGAACACAAUUACUUGUUUCGAAUACCCUUUACUGUUCUGAAUAACAGGGCAGAGGACAUUAGCAAGCUCCAGAAUGAAUGGGUAUCGCUCAUAGACAGGUAUUGUCUGCUGUGGAAGAAUCGCUCAGAACCUCAGGAAGACUUUGGAGAAGACACCUCAGAGGCUGUAUAUGAAAAACUCAUCUUCUCUCCAAAUAAGCAGGCAGAAGGAGCCCACUGCCUUGCUCUGGGUUCUGAAGCAGCUCCCCGAUCAACCCCCCUGACAGAGCAAGCAACCCCAGCAUCAUCAUCAUCAUUUCCGCUUUCCAGAGUUCAGGCAGGGGUGCCGCCACCACCACCUUUCCUGCCGCCCUCCUGCCUCUUGCCAGCAUUGAAAAGAACAAAAGCUUUUCACUGGGAUGUUGUUCCUCAAGAGAAGAUUCAGAAAUCGAUCUGGGCAUCAUGUAGCCUACAUAAGAAAAAAAUAGAUGAAUCUAGAAUCUAUGACCAGUUUCAUAUCCAGGACAUGGCGGUAUUUUCAGGCAACGAACCUUCAGUGAAUCGGCAUAUUAUGUUAAAUCAAAAAAUUGCACAUACCUUCAACAUUUUUCUGAAAAGUUUUCAUAUAAAACCAAACCAGCUGAAAGAAAAAUUAUACAUUCUAUAUGAAGACGGUGGCGGACUUACAGAUGAGCAGAUUACUGCCCUAAGAAGAUAUCUGCCAACUCCAAAAGAUUUAGAAAUGUAUCAGUCCUUCAAGGGAUCUCCUUCAGAGCUGCAUGUGGUUGAUCAGUUUAUGCUAGAGAUGUGUAAAAUUCCUCAUUUAGGCCAAAGAUUGGAUCUCUUGCUUACGAUACGAGAACUUCCUGGGUGCAUGGGUGAUCUGGAGCCUCUAAUAAACCAGAAGAUCCGAGCGUGCAAAGAGCUGCAAGCCAGCCAGAAAUUUGUUGCUGUGUUGGAGUACAUCUUAGCCAUUGGGAACUACUUAAAUGAAAAGGCUGGAAGAGAGAUGGCCAAAGGAUUUCGAUUGUCUUCUUUGACCAAAUUAUCACUGCUGCGGGGUAAGGAGAAGAAGAUCACCUUGCUUCAUGCCCUUGUGGAACAGAUCUUCUUACAUGAGCCUGAUUUGGCUAAAUUUUCUCAGGAGUUGACAGAAUUUGAAGCUGUUCCUGGUGCUUCCAUCAAAGGUCUCCGUGCUGAAGUUGAUGUGUUAAAGAAAGAAUUGGAAAAUGUUAUUCAGUACAGAAAGUUUAUCAAGUCCAAGACUAUCAAGGCAACAACCCAAGAGUCACAGUUCUACAAGGAACUAAAGGGUCUAAUUCAGAAGUAUGAAGGACACCUUUCCCAAUUGUCAAAAAGAUGUGAUGAAAUGAAGAAGCUCUACAGUGACACACUGAUAAAAUUUGGGGAAUCACCAGAUCAAGACUCUCAAGAACUAUUUGGCUGGAUUUCUGCAUUUAUUAGGGAAUUCAGGAAGGUCUCUGCAGACAUUAUGUCAUAAAGUCACCAAUGUAAUGUUAAAGGAAAAGAACUUUUUCUUAAAUUUUGUGCCAUGGAACUUUGUUGCCUGGAGGGCGUUAGGGGUAUUAAGAUGGCACAUAGAAAUUGUACUUACUCUCUGAGCAGGGGUGAAUUUUGCCUUGUGUGGUAUAGUUAAAGUAGAUUUUAUACACUUAACAAGGUUUUAAAAUUUGAUCUUCAAAAUCCCAGAUUAUCUAUGUGCAUCUGUCUGGUUUUGUUUCUAACUUUCUUACCAACGCAUCUAUUUUGGGGGACAAAAAUAUUUUAUCCACUGAAAUGUCUGUACAUUGGGAGGGGAGAAAAUCUCAGCAUAUUAUAAAUUCUUUUUUUAAUACUUUUCUUUAAUACUCAGUCUUUCGGGUGAAUUUUAUGUAUUCCUCCCAAGGAAAAAAUAACUGUGUGGUGUUCUAAUUUUUUACUCUUCUCACUGUACUUUUACUAAAUAAUGUAUCAUCUGCUUUGUAAUGAAAUGUGGACUCUUUACCCACAGAGGAAAACGUUUAGCAAAAAUUCAUGUUCAUCUGCAUUUAUUACAGCCUGGCAACUAAGAAUGAAUAAUAAGAAGAGUGCAAGGCUGCAUAAAUUUUUUUUUUUUACAAAGCAGUACAAUAAAACUGUGCUUUUUUCAAGACUAAUGUUGUAGAUUCAGGUGACAUGCUAUUGGAGUGACUGAAGAGCUGAGAUUUUAGUUGUGUUGGCAGGCAGGGUACAACAUCAGAAAAGCAGAAUGAAAACUUGUCAUGAGGCAUCUAAGUAAUGGAUCCUGGAAAAGAUCAUCCAUGAUUUUCAACAUGAAAAGCACUUUGGGUGCAUUAGUUGGGGAAAGUAAAGUUUUGAAUUUGAAUAAUUAGCAGAAGCUCAACAAAUUACAGAAGGGAAAAAAGCCUACAACUGCAAAAAAAACUUUGUCUUGCAUAUUGUAACCUUGAAAGGAGGAAAGUGGUACAAGCCCUUUAUUGAUUAGCCAUUCUGUCUACUGGUGCUGAAAGCAAUGUUGAUUGAGAGGACUAUGUUUCUCAACUUAUUUUAGAUCUAAAUUCCCAGUCCUGGAAGAUGCUACUCACCUCUAGUGAAGUGCUGAAUUUGACUUCAGCUUCUAAGGCACUUACAGCCUGAAAUCACACACUUGCUUAGCUUUUGGCAUGUCAUUUGUCUUUUGGAAGACCUAUUGCCCGGGACUACUCAUGCUUAAAUUUAAGAACAGGCAAAAGGAUUUUCAGGAGAUGGGGAUUAACAGUGAAGGUUUGAAACACUCCCACCCCGCCAAGGAAAAGGAGCAUGACCCUAGGGAAAAAAAAUCUACAAACAUAUGUGCUACAUUUUACUCAGAUCAGCAUUAGGGCACUGCAGUAAGGUUGAUGGUGGAGUCAGUGGGACUUAAGGAUGUUGCUUAAAUGCUUAGCUGAAUUGGGUCUAGAUCACCAUUUCCUCUACAUAAGGCAAUCUCCUGUAAUUUUUAUGCGUCUCCAUUAUUAUUGUCCACAUAUUCUAUAGUCAACAAUAUACAGGUAUUACAGCCACGUGGUUUGCUGUGGACCAUUAAAUUCCCAAAUCUGAAUCGUCUUCAUUUAUAUGUGAAUCAGGUAAAAUAACCCUGAAUACAAUUGCCAUUUCCCUGGUAUCCAGAUCCCUGUGUCCCUGAACAGCAUCCGUGAUGGCCAUGAUAAUUUUCAUGUUUUUCUUCCAUUAAGUUAGCACUAACUAGUUUUCUUUUUGAGAGAUGCUUCUCCUAUCCACACACCCCAUAGCCUUUUUUGUUAGAAAUAAUAAUAGCUUUCACUUGUUUUAUGGCUCAGUUGGCAUGGUCUCUUCCAAUUAAAAAAAAAAUACUCUGUAGUCAAUAUCUACAUCUUUGUGUGAAUAUACUAGAGCAUUAAUUAAAAAAAAUAAUAUCCAAGUACUUCAUUGGCAAGGUGUUCUAGCCCCUGUAGAGGGAAUGAAGCUUUUUUGCUGGGUGGAAUUUGAUAUGAAGACAUGUUUCAAUUUUCUCGAACAGGCUACCACAUCAGUGGCCAGGAGUUUCAAAGCUCUCCCUGAUUUAAUUUCAGAAAUUCCCUCCUCCUCCACUGCCUUCUUUUUUAUUGGCUUUGCAUCUCUCUGACAGUUUUUUAAUGUCUGCUGAAGUCAAAAGUAUUGCAAUAAUUUAAUAUUUACUUGUAAAGAUAAAGAACUGCCACAUCCUUGCCCUCAUUUGCUUUUCUGAUGACAUACUGAUCAUGGGUAGGCAUUCCUAGCCAUUUUGAGCAGUUCUAAGUCUUAAGGACUCCUAAUCUUUGAGAUCAUAGAAGAUGACUUCCAUAAGAUUCUGAGAGUCCAUUCCUGCCAAUCCUUAUUCGUGAAAGUAGUCCUCCUUCAUGUGACCCCUUUUAUACAAACAUGUCACCAAUGGCAGGAAAGGCAGGUUGCUUCUUGCUAACAAAGCUAGUAAUGUUGCCCUGCAAAUAUAUAGUGUAAACAAAAAUACAGUAUGGGUUUUGAACAUUCUUAGAUUGUUCUGAGUGUAACACCGUAGUAGUCAGAAAUGUAUGCUAGCCUUUUAGUGUGACUUACUACAAUUCAAAUAUAAAUGCAAAGUGUGGCAGAAAGGAAAUUAUAUCAAAGAGAAUAAAAUCAUGGGGCCUCUAAAAGAGAGAAUACUGUGCCCUUACUGUAGAGCAAUAAAGAGGCUGGUGAGUAUUCCUAGAAAAUGCUUAUUUCCUGAUGCAAAAAGUCACUGCUGCUGAUGCCUCAGCAGAACCACAAACCAACUUCAAGCUGCUCACUUAAAAAAAGGAUACGUCAGCAAAAAAUCCAAUCCAGGCGCUGAUUCUGCAUAGUGCUGAGUGGCAUAAAUUCAGAUGGUCAAAUUCUGGGUGAAAUCCUUCCCCACUUGCUUCAAUGGGAGCAAGAUUGAUUGUAAGUUAAUUUCCUAACUGCCAGAAUGCUCACUGGUAAUAAGAAGCUCUAUUGCCAAAAGUUCUGUUGAUCAAAUAAAUUCACACUUCCAUUCUUUCAAUAUUACUGGUUGUUAUAUACUGUAAUUAGAACCAGCCACAAUAUUAUGAAGUUGAAUAGUCUAUUUCAUUCAAGGAACUUCUAACAAACAAGGAGCCUCUUCUU